GGGAGAAAAAGUCCUAUAUGCGCCAAGCUGAACAGAACUGCAUAUCCAACAACUUUUGAGAGAAGCAAUCAAGUUGUUCAUAAAAAAUGGAUCUAGCUACACGACACCAUCGCUGCCGACGGAUAAUAUCAUCUCAUGCGGCAAUAUCUGCCGCAGCGCUCGCUGCUUGGAUUUGACAGCAAGGCUGCUUCGCCAACUAGCACGUCUACCGGUGGUCCGCAAGCGAAACCGCAGAACCGCAUCUCUUCCUCAAGUGUAGUUCAUCUCACCACAAGUCAGACUAGCCGACAUAUGGAACGAAAAAACUGUGUUAGUGCAGGUGUCUUGGGGUGACAGCAUGACAAAUUUGUGCUGCAUGACAAAGAAAUCCUGUCAUGCACAUACUAGUACGGGAAAACAUCUAUGAAAUAGGACUUCAUGGCUGGCUAGCAUGACAAGUGGAACUGUGUUGCAUGCUUUGCAUGACAGACUUACACCUACACAGUUUUUCUCUUGCAUACGACAGAGCUCCGCUUCCAUCC